AUGGAAGUUCCCAAGGUCAUAAAAGUCUCCAUCCUCAUCGAGGAUAGAUAUCUGGAUGAUCUGAGGCAGUUUGUGACAGGCAAAGGAGGAGGCGUCGAGAGUGGUAAGUAAAAAUCAGUGAAACACGCCGGCUUUCUACAACAUCAAUCUGGCCGAGGUUUUCAGUUAGUCUUUCUUAUAUCGAAUAAUCUAGAUGGAGAUGCCGCUGGUGGAAAUGCGUCUCUGAAUUCUGAUCCAGCACAAAAUGUCACUGAAAAUGUGGAAAGUACUGAAAGCAGGGGAAGUGACGACCUGCUUAUACCGAAGGAGAUCGCCGCAAAAGUUAGCCGUUGGCUCCAGCGGAACAACGUGCCGCAAAAAUAUUUUGCCGAGAAAGUGUUGAAUCGAUCGCAAGGAUCCUUCUCCGAUUAUUUAACCAAGGCACCACCAACAAUGCCCAAGUCACAUGGCCGUGGAAUUUGGCAACGACUACAGGAUUUCUUAGAGAGUGAAGAGCAACAAAAAGAGCUGCGAGAACAAUUUCGGGAAGGUAAGCUCAAUAAACCGUUCACUUCUUUUUAAUAUGGGCUAUGUUACGUGUUGUAUAAAACUUAAUAAAAAAGCAUGAAAAGCGGCAACGUGGAGUUGUAGCUAAAAAGUCUCCAAGAAAGGUAAAAAAAAAUAACACCUCAAAACCACCGGAAAUACCAAUACCAGUGAGUAAAACGCAUUCACCAAAUAUGUUACAAGAUGUAUUCAAAUUACUUUUCUUUUAAGGCGGAAAAGCGAAAAAACAGAAAGCAGUAUUACAUGAUGAAGAUGGGGAAGAAGCCGAUACGCCCUGCAGAAAGCGAAAGAAGUACUCUGAUCUAGAGUUAUCUACCCUGGACACGGUGUUUUUGUCCUCGGGGGGUGCUCCUGACAAAGGUGUCGUUCAAAGGACCGCUAAUGCAUUGAAAAUCGACGAGCAACAAGUAAGUUACUGUCGCUUACCUUUUGGCUUACUUGCCACAACGUGGUUGUCCGCAUCCAGGUACCAUCCGGCUUUAAUUUUAUGAGAGUUUUCAUUUGUAGGUCACUUUACCAGCCACACUGCUUUCGCUUUAUCUUGAUAACGCAGAGUUAUUCCACACAACGGACAUGUCAAUGACGCCUUGAAAUCAUCAACGGAACACAGCGGUUUAAAAGCACGUUGCCGUAAUUCCUCAUUAAGAUCAUGGACAUCUCUCUGAGGGGCACUUUCAACUCGUAAAAAACAGUAAAACCAAGCACUUGCUACAAGAAACGAUAAGAUGACGGUGUACGGAGAGCAAAACAUGUUUGCUGAACUAAGAAUUACAGAGAAAUGCCAGCAAAGCGGCGUUUCAAAUGAUUUUUUCUGGGGGGUUAGUAAAUAUACUUGCAUCAUGAACAACCGCUGGCCCCCUCUUGACAAUGCUAUCUGUGUACUCUUUUUGUAUAAGAAAGUUUUAAAAUUGGACUUAAGCCCUGUCUUAAGAUGUUCUUAAUUCCGGUCGAUACAUUUUCUGAUCAAAGCUCAGCUUUCCCUUUCCUUUAAAAAUGGUGUAUUCUUAUAAAAAAGAGUGUAUUUCUUGGAUUUCCUCAACGGAAGAUGGUUUGAUAUUUCAAUGGAUAUUUCCUCUCCAUAGGUUAUAGUUUGGUUUAACAACCACCGCAGGAAGAGGAAAGAAGGUUCUUAG